AUGCUCUCAUCAGCCUUACGGUCAAGACUAUGGAAAGUUGAUUUACCCGUCUACAGAAGCUCCUUCAAAACCCAACGACAUUUACGUCGCGCGUUUUCAUCCACCCACCGGUCUCUCGCAGAAGCCUUUGACAAUGGCGUCGCUGCACCCGAAAGGAUUCGUAACAUCGCCAUAAUAGCUCAUGUCGACCAUGGAAAAACAACACUAGUCGACCAACUCCUCCGUCAAUCCGGGACUGUCAAACAGCUAACAGCGACAGAGCAACUGCUCUUCACCCCCACUUCCUCCUCAUCAUCGUCAUCAUCCUCCUCGUCAACCACCACAACCACAUCCGACAGCCCUAUAGACGACGGAUUCAUCACCCGCCUAAUGGACUCCAACGACCUCGAACGCGAGCGUGGUAUAACCAUCUUGUCUAAAUGCACUAGCGUCAUGUACAACGGCAACUUGAUCAAUAUCGUUGAUACGCCUGGACAUGCGGAUUUUGGAGGUGAGGUGGAGAGGAUUAUGAGUAUGGUGGAUGGCGUGGCGUUGAUUGUGGAUGCUACGGAGGGACCCAUGACACAGACUAGGUUCGUCCUUUCAAAGGCGCUUAGUAGGGGUUUGAGACCACUCGUCGUUCUGAACAAAGCAGACAGAGCGACAUCCCGACCCGCUCAAGUCGAAAGCGACCUCUUCGACCUCUUCGCAACGCUAGGAGCUACAGACGAACAAGCAGACUAUCCCCUCCUCUACGCUUCCGCAAAACAAGGUUGGGCACAGGACACGCUCCCCCCUCCCAGCACCACCACCAACGACAUCACCAUGACCCCGCUAUUCGAGCUCAUCCUGAAACACGUGCCGCCCCCUAGCCACUUGGACCGUACCGCGCCCUUCUCAAUGCUCACAGUCCAAAUCGAGAGCGACCCAUACGUGGGGAUACUCCUCCUCGGCCGGGUGCAUAGCGGUAUCCUCAAACUCGGUGAUACCCUGUGGGCUUUAGACCCGGAGGGUAAUAAAGUUGGAGAAGGCAAGGUCAAGAAGAUAUAUGGGAGGAGGGGGCUAGAGAGGAUCGAGAGGGGUGUAGCUGGUGCAGGGGAGAUAGUGAGCGUUGCGGGGGUUAAGACGAAAACUGGAGCUGGUGUUAACGUUACGCUUGUGCAUCCUGAGGGGUGGGGUGACCAGGGACCCCAAGCGCUUCCCACCACACCCAUAGACCCACCUACCAUCUCCAUCUUCGUACACGCCAACGACUCCCCCCUCGCCGGCAAAGAAGGCACAAAACUCACCUCCCAACUCAUCCGCGACCGUAUCUACAAAGAAGCCGAAACCAACGUUGCCCUAACAGUCCUACCAGGCCCAACAUCCGAAUCACUCGAGCUCCGCGGUAGAGGCGUCCUCCACCUCGGCGUCCUACUCGAAACUCUACGCAGGGAGGGGUACGAACUCGGCAUCAGCUCCCCCAAAGCCGUCAUGCUCCCCGACCCCGACCCAAGCAAGCCAGGGGGGAAGUUGGAGCCCAUAGAAGAGUGUACGGUGCUUGUGAAGGAGGAAUAUGCGGGGAGUGUGGUUCAGAAACUUACGUUGCGUAAAGGGGAGAUGGUCAGUUAUGAUACGGAGGAGGAUGGGUGGGUUAAGGUUGUUAUGGAGGUUCCGGCACGGGGGUUGAUUGGGUAUAUGGCGGGCGAGUUUAAGAAUGAUGUUCAUGGGCAGGGGACGAUCAAUCAUAUAUUCAAGGGAUACGAGCCGUAUAGAGGGGCUAUUGAUACAGGCCGGAAUGGAGCAUUGAUAUCGAUGGCAGCGGGUGAAUCGUCCGGAUACUCAAUGGCGCCGCUCCAAGCACGCGGAACGCUCUUUAUCCAUCCCCAAACACAAGUCUACCCCGGCAUGGUAAUAGGCGAAUCCGCCAAAUCCCAAGACCUCUACCUAAACCCAUGCAUCAAAAAACAGCUCACCAACAUCCGAGCCGCAGGCGCAGAUGAGAAGAUUGUUUUAGCAUCGCCCAGAGUUAUGACGCUUGAGGAGGCGCUGGCAUAUAUGGGUGAUGAUGAGAUUGUGGAGGUUACGCCGAGUAGUGUUAGGUUGAGGAAGGUUGUGUUGGACCAGGCUACGAGGAUGAGGAUGAAGGGGGGGAAGAAGUAG